AUGCCCGGGCACUGUGCUCAGUGCUGCCCUGCCCGGGUCGUGAACCGCCGGAGGGGAGGAGGCGCCGCAGGCGGUGGCGGCGGCGGAGAUAGCGGGGCCGGCGGGGGCAUUGGGGACAGCGGGGGGGGGGGGGGUCGGGGGACCGGCCAGCUCAACUGCUUCGUGCAACUCUCCGGGUGGCCGCACCUGCCAGGCCACAGACCUCCACCAGCACGAGGCGGACAUCGUUGUGUGGCAGCUAAUACCAACUAUGUGUUUGGAGGUUACAACCCAGGUUAUGAUGAAUCAGGAGGGCCAGAUAAUGAAGACUAUCCUCUCUUCAGGGAACUUUGGAGGUAUCAUUUUGCUACAGGAGUAUGGCACCAGAUGGGCACAGAUGGCUACAUGCCCCGAGCAUUGGCAUCUAUGUCACUUGUGCUGCAUGGAAACAACCUGUUAAUGUUUGGAGGAACAGGUAUCCCACUUGGUGAGAGCAACGGCAAUGACGUCCAUGUCUGUAACGUGAAGUAUAAGAGAUGGGCUUUACCCAGCUGUCUGGGGAAGAAACCCAGUCAUACAUAUGGACAGGCCAUGGCUAUCAUCAAUGGCUUCCUUUAUGUCUUUGGAGGGACAACUGGCUAUAUUUACAGCACAGACCUGCACAAAUUAGAUCUCAGUACCAGAGAGUGGACACAACUGAAACCAAACAACCUAUCCUGUGAUCUACCAGAAGAGAGAUACAGACAUGAAAUUGCACAUGAUGGGCAGAGGAUUUACAUCUUGGGAGGCGGUACUUCUUGGACAGCUUAUUCCUUAAACAAGAUUCAUGCAUACAACCUUGAAACGAAUGCAUGGGAGGAAAUUGCAACAAAACCCCAUGAAACAAUAGGUUUUCCUGCAGCCCAAAGAUGUCACAGUUGUGUUCAGAUAAAAAAUGAUGUGUUUAUUUGCGGGGGCUAUAAUGGAGAAGUGAUCCUGGGAGAUGUCUGGAAGCUGGAUCUGCAGACUUCUCAAUGGGUAAAGCUCACAGCUACCAUGCCAGAGCCAGUUCAUUUUCACGGUGCAGCUGUUACACCAGCUGGUUGCAUGUACGUUCAUGGAGGAGUGGUGAACAUCCACGAAAAUAAACGGACUGGGUCGUUGUUUAAGAUCUGGCUGGUGGUGGUUCCUAGCCUGCUGGAACUGUUGUGGGAGAAGCUGCUUGCGGCCUCCCCCAACCUAGCAAACCUCUCCCGAACACAGCUUCUGCACCUUGGACUCACACAGGGACUCAUCGAGGGCUUGAAAUGA